CUCCCUGCAGAGACACAGAAGCAAGGCUGGUAGGGGGCGGCCAGGGUGGGGGAGAGCGCGGCUGGGUGCGGGGGAGGCAGGAGGGGACCACUCGUCUCGGUCCCCAGUCCACUUCCGGUCCCGAGAUGCAGAUGAAGCGGUGUGAAGGGUUGGGCUUUCUUUUUUGUUCCUAAAAAUGCAACGAACAAAAAAAAAAGUACAACAAUCCAAACCCAACCAGGUCGUGGUGCGCCGACGUUUCUCGCGGGCGGCUGUCGCCGGGAGCCAAGCGCCGCGCCGGGACCGGAGCCCGCCGGGACACCUGCGUGCGGGCGGAGCGAGGGAGCGCUCCGGUGAAAAGGGGUGCACGGUCCCCGCCCAGGGCCCCCAGCUCCGCUGGCGUGCUUGGAUCCCCUGGGAUGUAAUGGAGCUGCUUGAAGAAGAUCUCACGUGCCCAAUUUGUUGCAGCCUGUUUGAUGAUCCUCGAGUUUUGCCUUGCUCACACAACUUUUGCAAAAAAUGUUUAGAAGGGAUCCUAGAGGGGAAUGUGCGGAAUUCUUUGUGGCGAGUGUCUCCUUUCAAGUGCCCCACUUGCCGUAAGGAAACUUCAGCUACCGGAGUCAAUAGCCUGCAGGUUAAUUACUCCCUGAAAGGUAUUGUGGAAAAGUAUAACAAGAUCAAGAUCUCUCCCAAAAUGCCAGUGUGCAAAGAACACUUGGGGCAGCCUCUCAACAUCUUCUGCCUAACGGAUAUGCAGCUGAUCUGUGGGAUCUGUGCCACUCGGGGUGAACACGCCAAGCAUGUGUUCUGUUCUAUUGAAGAAGCCUAUGCUAAGGAAAGGGAUGCCUUUGAGUCCCUUUUCCAGAGCUUUGAGACCUGGCGUCGGGGAGAUGCCCUUUCUCGUCUGGAUACUUUGGAAACUAGCAAAAGGAAAUCUCUCCAGUUACUAACUAAAGAUUCGGAUAAAGUGAAGGAAUUUUUUGAGAAUUUACAACACACACUGGAUCAAAAGAAGAAUGAGAUCCUGUCUGAUUUUGAGACCAUGAAACUUGCAGUCAUGCAAGCCUAUGACCCAGAGAUCAACAAACUCAACACCAUCCUGCAGGAGCAGCGGGUGGCCUUUAACAUCGCAGAAGCUUUCAAAGAUGUCUCAGAACCCAUCAUUUUUCUGCAGCAGAUGCAGGAGUUUAGGGAGAAAAUCAAAGUAAUCAAGGAAACUCCUUUACCUCCCUCUAAUUUGCCUACAAGCCCUGUAAUGAAGAACUUUGAUACCAGUCAGUGGGAAGACAUAAAACUAGUGGAUGUGGAUAAACUUUCUUUGCCUCAAGACACUGGCACUUUGAUCAGCAGGAUUCCCUGGAGCUUCUCUCAGUUCCUUGUGGUUUUGGUGCUGCUGAGCCUUCUUGUUUUCUUCGUGCCUACCACAUUCCUAGAGUGGUCUGUAUUUGAUGAAUUUGCAACUUGGAAAGACUGUCUUUCAGACUUCAGUUACUGCCUGACUAACUCUGCUGAUUUUGUGCAACAGUCAGGUUUUUACUGGGAACAGGUGACAAAUGAGUUUUCCAUUUUCAGUAGACAGUUCAAAAAUUUUAGUUUGGUGGUGCUGAACAAUGUUGCAGAAUUUGUGUGCAAAUAUAAACUAUUAUAAAAUCUG